GGGGCGGCUCCGCGGGCCGCCCGCCUCAGGGCUGCGGCAGCGCCUCAGGGGCUCCGGGACGGCCUUGGGACCGCCGCCCUGCCCGCGCCGGUGCCCAGCUCCUGUCCAGCGAGCCCCGGAGCUCCCGCGGACCCCGGGCGAGCAGAAGCCCUUGGAGCCCGCUUCACCCACCGCCCCAGCAUGCGGACGCCGACGGAGAUGAUCGUGGGGAUGGUGCUGUGCCCCUGCGGGCUCCUGCUGACACUCACGGGCACGCUGGCACCCAGCUGGAGGCAGGUGAGCCUCAUACCUGACCAGCCCAUGGACGUGGUUUGGGAGCAGGGCAUCUGGGACAUUUGCCGGGAGCGGCAGAGCACCCACGACCGCCUGUGCGGGCAGGCUGACGGGCUGGGCUACUUUGAGCAGGUGCCCGUGCGGGUGGCCCAAGGGCUGAUGCCCUCCUCGAUGGUGGUCACCCUGGUGGGCUUGGUGGUGGCUGCCCUGGGGGUUCGCUGCUGGCAGCCGGAGCCCCGGCACCUGGUGGCCGGCGUGGCAGGGCUGGUGCUGCUCCUCUCGGGGCUGAUGAGCCUCGUGCCCAGCUCCUGGUACACGCAGGAGCUGUGGGCACUGCCUGCACCGCCUGGCAGCACGCUGACCGUCGGCUACAGCUUGGUACUGAGCUAUUUGGGAAGCUGUCUGGAGAUCCUGGGGGGGCUGGCCCUCGCCCUCAGCUUCCAUCACUGCUGCAAGGAGCGCAGAGCUCCCAAAUUGCCCCCCACGCCUGUGACAGAGGCUGGGUCAUGCACCAGCAGAGGUUUCGACAAUCCCUGGGACGUGCUGGAGGAUGAGCAAGAUGGACAGCGCUGGGGGAGAAGCCCACCCUGUGACUCUGACUUGUAGCAUCAAGAGCAGUGCUGGCCCCUGCCCCUACAAGCCAUACCCUUCUCCUGAGGCCCCUCUGAACAGGCUGGAAACAAGACCAAGGACCUGUUUUGAAUAUUUGCAACUUCCACAAAAGGCUUCUGUGCUCCAGGAUCUACAACUGUGCCAAAGCCAUGCUGGACUGAGGACCAGAGGUGGCUCCAGUCCCUCUGUGCCGCUUUUACCUCACCUUCCUCUACCAUGCACGGCAGCUUGGGCAGAGACAGCUUUGGUGUCCCCAUGUAAGCAACACACAGGUCAGAAGUGUGUAACCUUCAGAACUGGCAGUAGGUGGGUGGGGGGAGCACCUUCUCACGUCUCUGCUCAGCUCAGGACUGUGCGAGCAGCAAAAUAAAUUCAAAGCAAUG